CUCCGACUGCAAAUAAUAAAGAAAUUGAAAACAAUACAUUAAAAUACCAUAGCAAUAAAAAGAGCAGGAGCGAGAGAUGAGAAAGGGGAUCCAGCCCGCCCUGGAGCAGUACCUGGUGACCGCCGGGGGUGGGGAGGGGGCGGCUGUCGCCGCCGCCGCUGCAGCCUCCAUGGACAAAAGGGCACUGCUAGCCAGCCCCGGCUUCCCCGCCGCCGCCGCCGCCGCCGCCGCAGCCCCGGGCGCGUACAUCCAGAUCCUCACCACGAACACUUCCACCACCUCCUGUUCCUCCUCCCUCCAAAGCGGCGCCGUCGCCGCCGGCCCCCUCCUCCCCAGUGCCCCCGGCGCGGAGCAGACCGCCGGCAGCCUCCUCUACACCACGCCGCACGGACCCUCCAGCAGAGCCGGGCUGCUGCAGCAGCCACCAGCGCUGGGACGCGGCGGCAGCGGCGGCGGCGGCGGCCCUCCGGCAAAGCGACGGCUGGAGCUAGGAGAAAGCGGUCAUCAGUACCUCUCGGAUGGCUUAAAAACCCCCAAGGGCAAAGGAAGAGCCGCCCUGCGGAGUCCAGAUAGUCCAAAAACUCCAAAAUCUCCCUCAGAAAAAACACGGUAUGACACAUCACUUGGUCUGCUCACCAAGAAGUUCAUUCAGCUCCUGAGCCAGUCCCCUGACGGGGUCUUGGAUUUGAACAAGGCGGCGGAGGUGCUGAAGGUGCAAAAGAGGAGAAUCUACGACAUCACCAACGUGCUGGAAGGCAUCCACCUCAUUAAGAAGAAGUCGAAAAACAACGUGCAGUGGAUGGGCUGCAGUCUGUCUGAGGAUGGGGGCAUGCUGGCCCAGUGUCAAGGCCUGUCCAAGGAAGUGACCGAGCUCAGCCAGGAGGAGAAGAAAUUAGAUGAACUGAUCCAAAGCUGCACCCUGGACCUCAAACUGCUAACCGAAGAUUCAGAGAAUCAAAGGUUAGCUUACGUUACAUAUCAAGAUAUUCGAAAAAUUAGUGGCCUUAAAGACCAAACUGUUAUAGUUGUCAAAGCCCCUCCAGAAACAAGACUUGAAGUGCCUGACCCAAUAGAGAGCCUACAAAUACAUUUGGCAAGUACCCAAGGGCCCAUUGAGGUUUAUUUGUGUCCAGAAGAGACAGAAACACACAGUCCAAUGAAAACAAACAACCAAGACCACAAUGGGAAUAUCCCGAAACCCCCUUCCAAAGACUUGGCUUCAACCAACUCAGGACAUAGCGAUUGUUCGAUUUCUAUGGCAAACCUUUCUCCUUUGGCCUCCCCAGCGAACCUCUUACAGCAGACUGAGGACCAAAUUCCUUCCAACCUAGAAGGACCAUUUGUGAACUUACUGCCUCCCCUGCUCCAAGAAGACUAUCUCCUAAGUCUUGGGGAGGAAGAAGGCAUCAGUGAUCUCUUUGAUGCUUAUGAUUUGGAAAAGCUCCCGCUGGUGGAAGACUUCAUGUGUAGUUGAUUACACUUUGUGUGACCUCCCCUUAUAAACCAAUAUUUUUUUAUUAUGGAACCAGAACAUCUGUCAUGCAGUGUUGUCCCUUCCUACCUUCUUCCUCCGAGAUAGUAUCAUGAAGUAAACUACAAACUUCAGAACAAAGCUGACAUUUUGAUGAAUUUUAAAAAAAAAAAAUUUUUUUUUUUUUUUUUUUUUUUUUUUGGUCUAAACGCACAGUCGCAGGCUCCCUUGGGAAAGCCCUGCUAUGCCCCAGGCUCCAAAAUCUCCUGGAUGAGUCAGCAAGUGAGAAAAUGUGCAAUCAGGUGUCUCUCACCCAUAUUUUUCUUCCCUCCCUCCCGGAUUGGCUUGCUGUGCCUGACGGAUGGGCUGUAGAAUGGGGUCUGGCCACCUGGCCCACUCGAAAACAGCAAUCUUCCUUAAUAGCAUUUCAAGCCGUGCCUUCUCCGCGGAAUGCAUGUCUUUGGGGUCUGCUCAUAGGGAUGGAACAGCAGGAACUGUAAACUUGAAGUCAUGCAAAAGUAUGAAAUGGAUUUCUUCAGCUUUUCUUAGGAAUAUUUAAAUUACUGUCAUAAUUCAGUGUAAGCUACAGACCUUGUGUGCCGCUAGGAGGUCAAGAGAACCUGCACAGCCUUUCGGAUGAAGAACCUGUUUUCCAAUAUUUGUUGCAGAUACAGAGGAACGGUAGAUCUGCCACUUGAAGCUGUUGUGGAUUUUCCUGUCUCCAUUAACCACUCCCACUCCCUUGCCCCCAAUGUAUUUGUAAGUUUAAAGUUGAUUUGUAGCAAAUGCUUACUUAGGAGUUUUCUGUGGAUUGUUUUUGCCUUUUUUUUCUUUUAAGCUGCCAUUUAAGCAUUCCUGUGGCACCCAGCACCAUUUCAAUUUAAUUGUUUACUUUGAAACGGUUUUUGCUAGUUCACAUUAUUUAAGCAGAGGUAGAGGACCGCUACUGAUCAGAGCAUCUAAACGUGUGUGAUCUAAGGUUUAACAGCCUCUGCAAGAAGCAUUGCCCCAUCUUGCUUCCUUUCCCAGGGCGGGGAGCUUGGAGCGAGUCAGUCCUGGGGCUCGCUCGCUCGCUCGCUCGCUCGUAGACACGGGUGGCCCAUUUGAGAAGAGAACCAGGUCAGAUGACAUAGCAGUCCCAAGGAGCAGCAGGUGUGGAUCCCUCCGUCCUUGGGCUUCCUGGCCCUAGGACUGGGGCAAGGGCUCUCUUACUCUGCACUCAGGGAGACCACUUCUCAGGAUGGGGGUCAGAUGGAGAGGCCUCUGGGGACAAAGACAUCCCCACUGUGUCAGUGGCAUUUACUUAAAAGCUGGUGAGAACAGGGUGUUCCCCCCUGCAUCGGGGGCUGCCAUCAUCCUGGCCCAGAACCCAUUCCCCUUCCUCCAUGAAGGAGUAAGUUGGACCAAGGGAAGUCGUUACGUGGAAGAAGUGAUAGAAUGCCAGGGCGUGCCCCACUUUACUCUUCAGGAAUGGUGUCCCCCAGCUGGAGGCUUCGUGUCAGCUGCAAGUCCUAGCAGUUAGGUCCAAGAAUGGCUUUCCCAUUGGCCCCGGGGAGAGGUACCCUUCUCCCGUUGGGCAUGUGGCACGGUACCUCAGGUCCAUUGCUUGGAUCCCGAAGACGGCGGGAAUGAGGGAGUACGGUUAAAAAACAAAACAAAACGAAAAACAAACCUCCAAACAAAACAGUUAAAUUGAAAUGCUACGUGCCUGACACAGUAGCACUCGAUUUGUGUGUUUAAUGGAAUCGAAAAUAUCCCUUAGGAAAAACACAAAACGAAAGCAAACCAAACCACGAGAGCCCCAGCCAGUUGAUUCGAGGUAGACUUCCACAAUAUGCAAAGUGGUGGUAGGGUCAAACCCAAUGAUACCAGCACUUUAAACUCUUUGUGUGGGUGUGCGUGGGUGUGUGUUUGGGAAGGGAAACAAAGGUGCGCAUUAUCCUCCUUUUUCUUCUUCGGCCUCCGUCCCCAGCCUCCUCCCUCACACACGCUGGCUUUGGUACAAACAGCAGUGUGGUCUGUGAUGAAGCACUGGGGUGGGGGAGGGAGGGGGGAGCUUUGUGUCAAGUGCCUACUGGAAAUGCACUGUGGGGUUUUUUCCUGUACGGGAAACCAUUUAUGCCAAGCUUUUGCCCAUUUCCCAUAUCUGUCUCAUCUGGUUGGCUGCCUCUGUUUCCGGCUUUGUCGUGAUUCUCUUUAUCAGCUGCACAAAGCUGAUUUUGUUUCCAAAGUCUAAAGACUGAGCUCUCACCUGGCUAGGUGGUUGUGUGUUCUGUUGGCUUUCUCCUUAAGCCUUUUCAUAAUGUAAUGAUGCCGUAUUUAUUGUUUUGAAAAUGAAAGGAAUACUAAUAAGUCUUAAAAGUUCCUUCAUGCAUAAGAUUUUUCCAGUUAGUGGGCUGAGCUUGGUGUCCCUGAGUUAGCUGUCCAUGCUGUGUUCUGCUUGCAUCGCCCAUUUUUUCUUUCUGACAUAGUAUCUGGCACACAAAGUGGGUUAAUACUACAGUAUUUGUGUAACUUUACGUACUAAGUAUGCAGGUUUUCUGGUACCAUUGAGUUGCUGCUAUUAAUGCUCACACAUGAAAUGGCUAAAAGUUACAAGUGUGCGAAUUAUGACUGCGUGAGCCUUACAAAAUAAAAAGUGUAUAAAGGGCAACACAUGAGCUGUCAAACAGUGUUAGGUGUGUGUUCAUAUGUACAGAUCUGUGCAUAGCGAUCGUUUUAUUUAAGUUGAUUGUAGUCUCCUCCACACUUUCAUUAUCUAGCGAUUUUGUACAAGGAAAAAAAAUAGCAAUUAAUUUGUAAACACUGCCAGAAUAUUUUCUAGCUGGUUUGUAAUUUUUUAAGAGUGUUCUAUUUUGUUUCUGUUUUUUGUUGUUGUUGUUGUUGUGGUUCUUAUUUCCGUUUUUGUUGUUUUUAAGUGUAGAUCUGUAAAUAAAACCACAGUAUUUAAAGCUUUAGCUUUCAGGAAAAAAAGAAAGUAAGAACUCAGACGUGUGCAUGACAGCCUGUGUGUGAGAGGGGGGAUUUGAAGGAACAUGGCUUGCAGAGUGAGUCAGGUGGCAAUUGUCAGAUUGUGGGAAUUUCUUUUCCUACGGGGUACGUGAUUUUUGUCAAAAGGAAGCAUUUCUCCCAAAAUUGGGAGUAGGCAAACUACUAAUCGGUUUAGCUUUGUGUUGUAUGCUAGUUUAAAAAAAGAAAGUAUGUAAUAUAAUGUAAAAAAAAAAAAGCUUUUAUGAUGGAUUUUGUAAAUAGAUUUGUUACAGGGUAACCUGUUCUCUAGCUGUGAUCUUACCACUUCAAAUGGGUGUAAUUUGAAUAAAUUUUGUAUGGUAAAGGAUCAAUAAAAUGAUUUUUUUUAAGAGUUCAGACUUGUAAAUGGCUUUCCUUAAUAGUAUCUUACAUUCCUGUAUUAGCUUCAUUCUUAAAGACGUGCUCUAACGUGGGGAAAAGUGGCCCCAAAGCUGAAGAACAUCACAUGCCCUGCCCUUCGUGUGGGACUUGAGGAACCCUGGACAGAUACUUGUCUAACACCUGCGGUUGUACUCGGCCCUCUGAGAAGCAGAAGAAUUUGCCACACCUCUGA